CGUACCAUUUCGAUUCGUGAUGGCUCCACUUCCGGUGUGCCUGCUGCUCCUGGUGGUGGCGACUGGCUUUGGCCACGCCUACGAGGCACCUGAGGCUCAGGUGCGCGUGUUCUAUCCCCGGGGAUUCGAGGUCUCCAUUCCGGAUGCGGAGGGUAUAUCGCUGUUUGCCUUCCAUGGCAAGCUAAACGAGGAGUUCGACGGCCUGGAGGCUGGGCAAUGGGCAAGGGACAUUCCGAAAGCCAAGCGGGGACGCUGGACGUUCCGGGAUCGAGAGACAAAGCUCAACCAUGGCGAUACCCUGUACUUCUGGACCUACGUGGUCUACAACGGGCUGGGCUAUCGGCAGGAUGAAGGAGCGCAUGUGGUCACCAGUUACGACAAUCCAAAGAAAUAGAACAAAUAGUUUGGAGCCAAGCUUAAAGCUCCUCUUGAACCACUCUUUAUAGAGCUCACUUUUGAUUCUUAAUCUUUUUGUUUACUACACAAUG